AAAUAAUGCAUUUUAUUUACUUUUUUUAUUGAAUUUCUUUGAAUAAGAGACAUAAUUUAGUUUUACUUAAAAUAAUGAGUAUUUAUAUUAUCUUUACCUACUAAUAUUGUAAUAAAAUAUAUUAUAAAUAUCAAAAACAUAUAAGAAAAGUAAUAAAAAAAUAUAAAAUAAAUAAUAUAUAUAACAAAUUGAAAUAUAUAAUCCGCGCACGGACCGACCCUUUUUAUUUUAAGUGAAAUAACACAUGUCUACAAUUUAACCAAUUAAAUACUAUAACUAGAAUUUAAUUCAUUUUUUUCAUUCUGCUCUUCACCUUAUAUAUAAUUUCCAAUAAAAAAAAUUGGAUACUAAAAUUUUUAAAUUGUGUAAGCCAAAAGCAAUGAAUGAUUUAAAAUUAUAUAUUUUAUAUUUGUCUAUAGCUAUUUAUAUUCUUAUUAUAGAUUCUAAAAUUUAUAUAUUAAAUAAACGUACUAAAUAUAUAAUCAAAAUUAAAAUUAAAACAAAAAACCCGGGCGUAGCCCGGGCCGACCCUAGUGUAUUAAAGUUACCAAAUGUUAGGAGAAAUUAAAAGUGAGGAUAUUACGUCAGUUUUGUUGCCAAACAAUUUUUAUUAGUUAUAAUUAUUUUAGGAAAUGAUGUAAAUUGGAAAAAACAAAUAUUAAUUAAAGUUAAGAUUAUUUAUUACUUUAUUGGCAUUGCUUUUGUAAAUAAAUUAUAAGUUUUAGGGGUAUUUUUUAUUUGUACUUCUAUUUUAAUAAGAUAGACGCGUGAGUAAUAGAUUCUCGUUGAAUAACUAAGUCUAUUAAUAACACUGCAAUAAUCACAUUAAAUCUAUUACAAAAACAAGAUUUGAAUAGUUCUUUUUUUUUGUCAAUUUGCAUGAGAUAUGAUUUAUGGAAAUACGUACCUUUAAAUUUCUUUACAAACAGUAAAAAAUGAUUUAUUUGACUUUUGUUUUCAUCUCAUUGAAGGGAAAAUUUAUAAAUGUAAAAAUGAAUGACAUUUCCAUAUCAUUCUACAAAGAGAUGGGACGCAAGAGUAGCAUAUAAAAGACCACAAGACAUGACACAAACAUGCAUAUCUUCAUCUCUUUAGACGACUAAACCGAAAAACGAGAAGGUAAUCUACUUUUCUCACUCGUCGUGUCUAUUUUUAUUUUUUUUUCAUUAGUUUAUAAUUCAUAUUCUCCAGAACUCUGAUUCCAAUCAUAAUGCGAGAUUCCAGUAACCUCUUUAAUGAGAGAUGAUCAUUGGUCAAUGGUCAUCCAAAUAUCUACAACUGGUUUGUUUUUGAUAAGUAGUGUAUACUUCAAUUUUUUUUGACCAACCAUUUUGGCUUUCUGAUCAUUUGUUGUAUUUGAUUCAUGCAAUUCAUUUUAUUGCUUAUGAUAUAUGUUUUAUGGAUCUCUAUGCACUUUUGCUUUCUUUUGUACAAGUAGUGUCAAUGUUGUGUGGAAGACUGAUAUGAACCUUGAGAUUAAUUAGUCUUUAAGAAAAAGGUUUUGAAUUUGUUUUUCAUGGCUAAGUGUUGUUUCUGGUAAAUGUUGACAUCAUUUUAGCAGGAAAAAUGCCAAAGGAGAGACCAGUUCCAAGCAACCGGACCAGAGUGUCACCAUACCCACUUCGCUCUACAAGGACUCAGAAAGAACCUAUCGAGGCACCAGGGCCAAGCCAAUGGGAGGAUGUCAUGUGUGUGAUCUGCCAGGAAGUGCCACACAAUGCCGUCCUCCUGCGCUGCUCUUCAUCCUCUAAUGGAUGCCGUGCUUACAUGUGCGACACGAAUUUUCGUCACUCCAACUGUUUCAAGCAGUACCGCAAAAAAAACAUGAGCCGCGUAACCAAGGUCUUGAACUGUCCGUACUGCAGAGGAGAGGUUCAUGAGGCGAUGAAGGUGCAGUCGGGAGGAAGGAGAGCUAUGAAUGCUAAACCGAGGUCUUGCGCUUUCGAGAACUGCAACUUCUCAGGGACAUAUUCUCAGCUUAAGAAUCACUUGAAAGCUGAUCACCCUGGUUCCACCCGACCCUUGGUCGACCAGGAGAGAGUGCGGGCAUGGGAACAGAUGCAGAGAGCUACUGAGCACAAUGAUAUCAUGACUGCAGCUGGUCUCUCGCAUGCCUUGGAGGUUUCCUAUGAACAGCUUCCCAAUGUUCCUCCUCGUCUAGUGAUUUUGCAUUGGGUCAAUGGCGUGGUGCUGAGCAUUUUGCAUUAUGAGCUUCCCAAUAGUCUUCCGCAAAGUUUCGUGGUCCGGGCUGGGGUCAAUGGGGUGGUGCGGGACUAUCUUUUGCGCUUCAACGGGCUUGACACUACUUUGCCUCUCGUGAACAUAAUUCGUAGAUGGACUCUCUGAAGAUUCUUAGCCAUUGUUCAAAAUUUGGAUAUAUAAUUAACCCUUUUUGAUGUUUCAAAAAUAUACAUAAGGUUCAAUACUAUAUCAUUCAUUCUAUAAUUCAUACUAGGUGAUUCUCAUGUGCUUAUUUAUAAAGUAAAUAUAUUAUAAUAACUAACUAAAAUUUUACUUUCAAUUUUUUUUAAUAUUUUACAUAUAACUUUUUUAAAUAAUAUAAUAUUAUUUUAAUUACAUACGUAAUUUUAGAUAUAUAAUGUCAUGUCAAUUUAGUUAUUAUUUGGAUGUAUUAAAUUAUUUAUAUCUCUCCAAAUUCAAAAAUAACUUUUUCUAAACAGAUACAAUUUCGAUUAAUUUUUUAUUUGCAUUUGGGUUAGCUGUUAUGUUUGAUAGCAAAAUAAUGUAUAACAAUAUAUAUAUGUCUAAAAAUUGAAUAGAAAAUAACUAAAGUUGACUGAGUCAAAAUUAAAUAAGGGGAAAUUUUACUUCUACACUUUCUUUAGUACCACAUUUCAAGUAUACCACUAGUAUGGGGACAUUUUCACAAAUACACUUUUCAUUAAUGACCAAAAGACCAUAUUAGCCCUAACUUUAUCUCUCUCUCUCGCGAUCCUCUUUUCUUCCUCUCUCUUUCUCUCGAUCUUUUUUCUUCUUCUCUGUCUCCGAUUCACCGGAGAUCCACCGUCUCUCCUCCUUCUCCUCCGUCCCUAACCAAGGCUUGGAUAUCGCGUCUCUCCUCCUUCUCCUCUUACUUCCUCCGAUUCUGCGAUCUCGGAUUGCUUCGCAACCACACCAAAGCUCUCUGCCUCUCUGCCGGCGCCAGACACGCUCCGAUGGCGAUGGCCCAGAUCGAGUUAUCUGACGUUACCGCCGUGGAGUUGGUGGAUUCGCUUCCUCUCGAGAGAAGAGCUGAUCCUCAUAACCUUCAUUUUUCGACGGUGCGUUUGAUUUCGCGUUUACUGCGCAUCUUGAUGAUGCUCUGUUUCCGUGGAGGGUCGUGGAGGAGAUGGAGAGGACGGUGAGGCGAGGCGCAGUUGAUUAUUUAACAAACUUUAUAAACUGUUUUAUAAGCCUUUCUAAAUUGUCUUUUAGUUGAUUGAGUUACUUAACACAUCGUUUUCUGCAGCUGAGGUGAAGCCUUCACUUGCGUUAUAUCAUACUUUUUAUCGCUGCUAAAAGAAACAGACUCUGCAAUCUAAGACACAAGAAGAAACUAAAAAAUGUCAAUGGUUGGUCAAUAAGACUUUAGAAAAAAAACAAGAGACAAUGAUGAAUUUGAUGAUUAACAUUGUAGAUCAAAGAAAAUGUGUGAUGGCAGAGUUGUGGCUCUCAUAUAAGCUUGAACAUAUGCUUCUUUUAUGAGUGUCGGGAACUGAACAUGUCAAUUACAUUACUAAAUAACUUCGAUUUAUAAAGAGUUAUAAAUUUUAAAAACUCAAUGUUCACUAUUAGAAAUCUUUCUCUUAGAUCAGAAUAUUAAUAGAUAACUCUUUCUCUUAGAUCAAAACAACAAAAUCCGAAAAAAUACUUACAGGUUGUGAUUCUUGCUGAGGAUUCAACAUUUGAAGUUAUAAGACAGUUUAUAAAGUUUGUUAAAUAAUUUAUAAGGUUUAUAAAUUCUGCACAAUUUUGAAGUUAACUACGAGGUAUUGUGAUACUUCAACAGAGCUACCAGACAAGCCAAAACUGAUCAUCCAACGUUCAAAUAUGAAUUAUGUUGAAAAUGAUUUUUUGUAUUUUAGGUAAGGAGGAAUUUAGUGAAAUUGAGAAUUCACACCUUGCGGAAGUGUUGUAGAACUAGCUAGAAAGAAUAACAUUCAAUUUUCAGGAGAACCUUAUGCAAAUAAGAUUAUUGAUGAAUGGGGGUAGAUCUAUGGUUCACUUUCUCAUAUCAACCAAUGGGGUUAGAUCUAUGAUUAUUGAUGAAUGUAAAUAAUUUAUAAAAGUUUAUAAAAAACGUUAUGAAAGCAUACAUUCAAUUUAUAAGGGUAUUAUAUGAGUUCCAUAGGUUUAUAAAUCAACUAAAAGAGUCUAUAACAAUUUAGAAAGCCUUAUAAAACAAUUUAUAAUGGUUUGUAUAAUAAUUUAUAAGGGUUUAUAAGGGUACGUAAAUAAUGUAUAUGGGUUUAUAAAAAUAAUUUAUUAAGUUUAUACACCAUUAUAAAUAUUAUAAAAUAAUUUAUAUGGGAAUUUAAAAUUUCUGAAGCGGUGGAGUCUUGAUUGCUGUCCACAUGUACCUCAGAAUCUGCCAUGUAUCAUCAUCUCUUUACAAAGCCUUAUAAGGAUAUGUAAAAUUAUUUGUAAGAGUUUAUAAACUAUUAAUAAAUGCAUAUAAAACAAGUUAUAAAAUCUAUAAACCAUUUAUAAAUGUUUAUAAGAAAGUUAUGAAAGUUUAUAAAUAAUUUAUAAGGGGUAUGUAUACUAUUAAUAAGAGUUUAUAAAAACUGUAUGAAAGAUUAUAUUCAAUUUAUAAGAGGUAUUAUAAGAGUUGUAUAGGUUUAUAAAUCAACUAAAAGAGUCUAAAACCAUUUAGAAAGCCUUAUAAAACAAUUUAUAAUGGUUUGUAUAAUAAUUUAUAAGGGUUUAUAAGGGUAUGUAAAUAAUGUAUACGGGUUUAUAAAAAUAAUUUAUUAAGUUUAUACACCACUAUAAAAUAUUAUAAAAUGAUUUAUAAGGGAAUUUAAAAUUUCUGAAGCGGUGGAGUCUUGAUUGUUGUCCACAUGUACCUCAGAAUCUGCCACGUAUCAUCAUCUCCUUACAAAUCCUUAUAAGGAUAUGUAAAAUUAUUUGUAAGAGUUUAUAAACUAUUAAUAAAUGCAUAUAAAACAAGUUAUAAAAUCUAUAAACCAUUUAUAAAUGUUUAUAAGAAAGUUAUGAAAGUUUAUAAAUAAUUUAUAAGGGGUAUGUAUACUAUUAA